AUGCUCUUGUUCAAGCGACCACAAUUGAAGGUUGAACAACCAAAAUCUGCGUUUGCGGAGGGGAAUCAGAGAUGGACGAAUAAGGAUCUGGAUCCCGUCCCGAGACAUGCAAGAAAAUGGGGGGUUACUUCAUUUAUCGCCUACUGGGUAUCGGAUGCUUUUAAGUACGGGAUGACAGUGGACAUAGGGGUUCUCGAGGCUCACUGUGAUGCAGCGCCGCGACCUGGCAGUUUGCUUCGAGUAUUCUUGCAAUUGGUGGCUUACUCUUCUCCAUUCCUUCUAGGUGUCGUCAUUGACAAUCAUGUAGGUCUCUCAUGGCGUGAGAGCUUAGGCAUUGUGGCAUUGGCCUUCUUCAUCAUCUCCUUCGUGAUUGCUCUCAAUGGUGCUACUGGAGUAAUCCACCACGCACCCUUCCCCGUCCUCGCGCGCGCAUCGUGGGGUUUCUGGGGCUCCUACAUCGCCAUCAUUUCCCGAGCCAUCCUCGGCGUCUUCUGGUUCUCCAUCCAGACCAUGAACGGCGCAAACACGCUUCGCGUCAUGCUCGGCGCCAUCUGGCCCUCGUUCCUCACCCUCAAGAACGACCUACCCGCCGACGCAGGCAUCGAGACCAACACGAUGGUCGCCUUCUUGCUGUUCUGGCUGAUCCAGAUCCCCUUUCUAUGCAUGCACCCGAAUAAUCUCCGCUGGUUGUUCAUGGCCAAGAGCGUCAUUGUUCCUAUUGCUUGGAUUGCGAUUCUCAUCUGGGCGUUUGUGGCAACGGACGGAGGAGGGGAUAUCUUCACUCAGAAGCCGACGCUGACAGGCAGUGCCUACAGCUGGGCCUUCCUCUCGUCCCUGACCUCCGUCAUCGGAAACUAUGCCACCCUCAGCGUAAACCAGGCCGACUUCUCCCGCUACUCCCGCGUCUCCGUAAAGUACCAGCUCCUCUACGUGCCCCUCCUCCCCCUCCUCUUCACCCUCAUCUCCUUCAUCGGUAUCGCCGCCACCAGCGCCGGCGCCCUCCGCUACGGCUCCCUCCUCUGGGACCCCAUGGCCCUCAUCUCGCGCUGGCCCUCGCGCGCCGCCCGCUUCUUCGCCGCGUGCUCCUUCGCCCUCGCCGCCCUCGGCGUCAACAUCUCGGCAAACUCGCUCAGCGCCGCAAACGACCUGACGGCCCUGUUUCCCGCGUACGUCAACAUCCGCCGCGGCCAGCUGCUCUGCGCCGUCUUCGCCUGGGCCCUGGUCCCCUGGAAGAUCCUGGCCAGCGCCGCCAGCUUCCUGAAUUUCAUGGCCGCGUACGCCGUCUUCCUGGGCCCGAUUGCGGCCAUCAUGGUGUGCGAUUUCUGGAUCGUGCAUGGGGCGCGGUAUGAUACGCUGGCAUUGUAUCGACCCGAUGGCAUCUAUCGAUAUACGUAUGGCGUGAAUUGGCGCGCUGUCGUGGCUUUUCUAGUGGGCGUCGUUCCGAAUCUCCCUGGGUUCAUCAAUUCGAUUAACCCAGGGAUUGAAGUGGGCGUUGGUGUCCACCCGUAUCAGUUUGGAUGGUUGUUGGGCUUUACGGGGACGAGCGUGGUCUAUGUGGCGCUGGAAAUGGUGUUUCCUCCAAAGGAGACGUUUAUCGACGAGGCGGUGCUGCCGGAUGACGUUUAUGAUGCGCAGGGGUACGUGGAUGAGGGGGUUAGUGUUGAGGGGAGUGGGAGUGGGGAGGAGGGGAGGGAGACAGAGAAAGGGGGGUGGAAGGCGACGUUAGAGAGGAUUCUGUAGUGACAUGGUAGAGCACUGUUGGAUAGAGCACGAGAGCGGUAUAGCGGUGAUCUGAGUGGAACACGAUGAAUACUUUGCAUUCCGCUUCUCGCAAAGAACACAACUUCUACUGCACAUCCGGCAGCCGCACUGCGAUAUCGCCGGAUUGUGUAAUAUACCGUACCCACGGCAACGACGGAUACUGAAG